UGAGGCCGCUCGGAUCGACCCAAAGCGAGAGCGCGAGAGCAGGAGGGGGUUUCCAGCUCGAGCCCCUCGCUUAUCGAACAGAAACAGAAAGAACCGGCGGUGGGGCUCUGCUUUCUGCCACGCGGAACAGGACGCACCGCCCCGCUCGUUGUCGCGGCUCGCGGCCCCGCAGGUAACAUCCCGUCAGCUCGUUCACGCUGCGGACGGCUCGCUAGCUCGACGUGCAGCUCGUGCUGUGAGCUGGAUGCAGUUGGAAGGCUCAUAAAAAGUGAUAACAUGGUGCACUUGACGCAGUGCCAUGUCACCCUGUUCGACCUGCGGGGGAGCGCGCUCCCGCGUCAGGCUCACUGGGCUCACUGGGCUCACCGGACUUUGACCACAUCAGGCUGCGGGGAUCAUACCGCUGCUCUUGAAUCACACGCUGCAGCAACAAGAUGCUGCCUUCUCUUCUAGGUCUUUCCAUCCUCCAGCCACUUGUCCUGUCUUGUAUGAUCUGUAGUUUAAGGUUGAUUGCAGGACACAAUGCCGGUAGAGAGGAUGAGGAUGAGGCCUUGGCUGGAGGAACAGAUUGAUUCCUGUCAGAUACCAGGACUCAAAUGGGUUAACAAAGAGAAGCGAAUCUUCCAGAUCCCAUGGAUGCAUGCUGCACGUCAUGGCUGGGACCUGGAGAAAGAUGCUCCGCUCUUCAUGAGAUGGGCCAUACACACAGGAAAAUACCAGCCAGGCACAGACCGUCCAGAUCCCAAAACGUGGAAGGCAAACUUCCGCUGUGCCAUGAACAGCCUCCCGGACAUCGAGGAGGUAAAGGACAAAAGCAUCAAAAAGGGAACAAAUGCCUUCCGGGUGUAUAAGAUGCUCUCCUCCUCAGAGAGAAGCAUGAAGAAAGGAAAGAAGAAGACUGACAAGGAGGGGAAGCCCAAGGGAAAUAAACAGGUAGCUUCUCCGUCUCCAGACAGGACGCUUCCUGACGCUCUUGUGGGACCGAUUGAUCGUGUCCUGCAUGGUGAAGUCAAACUGGAAGUGAUCAAAGAGGAAUCACCAGAGUUUACCCUGAUGGACAGUACUUCAGUGGAAGACCACAUGAUCGCCAGCGAGCAGCUGCCAUUCGUCUGUCAGACCAUUGAAGUGACCACUGAGAACGAAGAGCAGACAGUGAGCUCCUCCCACUCCUACCCGCUCCAGAUCUCCCCUGUGUCUUCAUGCGGCGGGAGCGACACAGACAGUGACACAGAAGACACCAAAGACGAUGUCAGCGCGGCGUGGAGGCGGGACUACAACACGCCGGUUCUCAGGGUUCCCACUUGUUCCCUGCCCGGCAUGGCGAGCUUCGUCAGCGCCAGCAAGCCCAACUUCCGGGUCACCAGCACGCGAGACCCGACCCCGCUCAUCAGCUACCACACUGACGGCUGGACGCCGAGCUACGGCCAGGACUCCCCGGCGUCGCCAGCCAGCCAAACCCACGAGAUGCGCGCGAGCGUCAUCAUGAAGACGUCGGAUGUGACGCCCUCCUGACCGCCGACCCCCAAGCGAGGGCGUGUCAUCGCUGCUUCAUGGGCAUAGGAACGACAGACAUACCUUGUUUCCUCUUUCGGGGGGACGGGCGGGCAGUGGGGGCGUGGAGCAGGAUACAUGGCGAGCUGCACACACCUCGCUUCUGCGUGGGCGAUGACGCCUCUCAGAGUUCUGACUGGUGGUGCCGGGACAUUUAUGACUCCGCCCCUUUUUGUGGGCGGGUCUGCGUGAUGUAAAUGUGGCCGAGGGUAGAAACAUGUACAUGUGGAAUUGAAGGUCAUCCACAUCCAUUUGGACACUAUCUGGCCUCUAUUUGGAAAGCAUGAUGGGUCACAUGUCCCUGGGAGACCGUGUCCUCUGCUGCUUUGUGCACUCAAACGUACAGCAUGCCCAAUGAAAUUUGCCAUUGAUAUGGAAUGAGAGAAAACUGUCUUUUACUUGUUCUUUGAAUCGGUAUUGCCUUAGUGUGAAGAUACAUCCAUCAGCUGUGUUGUGCUUUUUAUCAAACUAAUGGUUCCUCGCUGUUCGUCAUAGGAAGCCAUUUUUUGUUAUACCUAAUUAAGUAUUUUAUUUCUGAAUCAACACCUUUUUAAAUGUCGUCUCACCGUGAGGCAUUAGAACUGAUCACCUGCAAUCUUAGAGCAGUGUAAGCAUGACACUAAAUGCUUUACCGCAGCACGGGCAUGGUGCAGAGAACGGCCGACACGGAGGACCAGCAGUCACAAGCCCGCUGUUUCAUCCAGAUAAGGAUCUCGGGCCUGAUUGAGCCCUGCAAGGUGUGUGUGUGUGUGUGCGCAUGCGUGCGCGUCUGGAGAACAUCAGGAUAACAUGAUUAACCAACACAUACAGACGGAAUAAGCGACGGCUCAAUGACAGGAUGAGUUGUCCUCGCCUCGGCCCCCUGGCCUUAAUAAUGUACAUAGCUCAUAUGUAUGGCAGCUUCAGCACCUUAUGGUCAGCAGUGUGUGUGUGUGUGUGUGUGUGUCAUUGAAGACGUGUAGCUGGAUCCCAGCUAUCUGUGCUUUAGUCUACCACAGACUCAUGCAGCAGGCUUUCAGGAAUGUAACGGCAGUGUUUUCUUUUGGAGGGAGGCGGAGGGGUGUGUGUGUGUGUGUGUUUGUGUGUGUGUGUGCGUGCGUGCGUAUGCACACUGCGAACGUGUCCUGACCCGGUUAACUGGGUUCCAAAGGCACAAACCUCCUCUCACACACAGUCAGAGGGCUUAGAGGAAGGAGGCUGAAUCUCAGGGUUUCAGACGCCCACCUGAACUUGCUGGCAGCAAUCUGCUGGCAGUCGUGCACGUUCCUGAAGUGAGAAGUUGGGGCUCCGGAAGACUGCAUCAUCAGCACAGGCUGUGGUUCUGUCGUUGUUUAGUCCCGUUCUAAACUUCCUGUUUCCCUCUUUUUUUUGUUUUGUUCUUUCAUUCUCUCUAAUUUGGAGCACUUAGCCAGUCGCCUUCAUCCUGACGUCUUUGAGAGUAAUUUUGAGGCCUUCAAUGCAAGCGUGUGCACAGAAUGACAAAUGGUGGCAGAAAAAUCAAAGAUAUUCCAAAUUUGUUGUUUUUUCAAAGGUAUUAUUAACGCAAGCCUAGCUUAGCGAUGUAUGAAUUCAUCUGAAAGAAGAAAAAAAGCAUGAAAUGUAGUGUUAAGUUAUGACUUAUGAGUGUAUCAGAAAAGCUACCUGUGCUUGCAGUUAGCACACUAAAGCACAAUUAGAGCAGGACAAAUAGGAAUCAGCCAAUGUUUAGAACCCAACCACUAGAGAGACUAAUCUAAGGGGGCGUGGUCUACUUCCAUGGCAGACUUUGGAAUGUUUCUCUCCAUGUGCCUUUUCAUUUUCUUUAUUCCUCGUGCUCGUACUUCUUUAUUGUU